GACUCAGCGAGCCACCGUGAGGACCAAGGGUGUGCACUCUCAGGCCAGGAUACCCAGGAGCCCUCACCUCCCUGCUGCCUACACCAAAGCCCCAGGAUAUACAGAAGUUUCCCCAAGGGCCCGACCCACCUGUAGCCAUGAAGUCCUACCUGCAGAGAGGCAGUCGUCUGAGACAGGUUUUCUGCUGGCUCUUGCUUUUGGCAGCAUUGCUCUCCUUCUUCUUUGCCCUGUCUUCCUUCAUUAAGGAACCCAAUACAAAGCCUUCCAGGCAUCAAAAUAUAGAGGAUAUUAAAGAAAGGUCUCCCGAUUUGCUACAAAGGUCCACAUCCCCGGCACCCACAAUGGAAAGGACCACCACACACAUAGGCUCAGUGCAGGAGAACAGCAUGCUGGACAAAAGUCACAAGGCCACAGCCCACAACGCGGCCACAGUGCCCAGCACAGAAAGGACAGCGUUACUCAAGAGUCAGGACAGAAAGGACAUCAUGACAGACACACUGCCCCAGAGAAGUCAGGACAGGGGCGUGGCCUCCAACAGGACACAGUCACUAUCGCCGAAGAGUCAGGACACGAGGACAACUGAAGGAAGGAGGGAACAGAACGAGAGGCCGACAGCCACAGGGACAGUGCCAGCAAAGCCUUGGGGCAGAGCUGUGGCACCCACAGCGAGGACGUCCAUUCCAGGAAGUCGGGCUGAGGUGCCAACCACCGCAGGAGCAGGGGCAACCGGAAGGAGGACAAAAGGAGCGACCAAAGCAGUGGUCCCACCCAUGAAGAAAGUCCCCGUCACCCCACGCUCUGCCCCAUUCCAGAGCCCCACCACGCACAGACGCCCAAGGCUACAGGCCACCAACUUCAAGUAUGAGCCCAAGUGGGAUUUUGAGGAUAAAUAUAGCUUGGAGGUGGGGGGCCUACAGACGGCCUGCCCCGACUCCGUGAAAGUGAGAGCCUCCAAGUCACUCUGGCUCCAGAAUCUCUUUCUGCCCAACCUUACCCUCUUCCUGGACUCCAGCAACUUCAACCUGAGUGAGUGGAACCGCCUGGAGCACUUCAAGCCACCCUUUGGCUUCAUGGACCUCAAUUACUCCUUGGUGCAGAAGGUGGUGACACGCUUUCCCCCGGUGCCCCAGCAGCAGCUGCUCCUGGCCAGCCUCCCUGCUGGGAGCUCCCAGUGCAUCAGCUGUGCCGUGGUGGGCAAUGGGGGCAUCCUGAACAACUCCCACAUGGGCCAAGAGAUAGACAGCCAUGACUACGUGUUCCGCUUGAGCGGAGCUGUCACUAAGGGCUACGAACAGGACGUGGGUACUCGGACAUCCUUCUACGGCUUCACUGCCUUCUCCGUGACCCAGUCACUUCUCACAUUGCACAAUCGGGGUUUCCAGCACGUGCCUGUGGAGAAGGAUAUCCGCUACCUGCACUUCCUGGAAGGCCUCCGGGACUUUGAGUGGCUGGAAGCAAUGCUUUUGAAUCAGACCCUGGCGAAAAAGAGCCUUUCCUGGUUCAGGCACAGGCCCCAGGAGGCUUUUCAGGAAGCCUUGCGAUUGGACAGAUACCUGCUGCUGCACCCAGACUUGAUGCGAUACAUCAAGAACAGGUUUUUGAGGUCUAAGACCCUGAACACUGUCCACUGGAGAAUAUACCGCCCCACCACUGGGGCGCUCCUGCUGCUCACUGCCCUUCAGCUCUGUGACCAGGUCAGUGCCUACGGCUUCAUCACCGAGGGCCAUGAGCGCUUCUCUGAUCACUACUAUGACAAAUCAUGGAAAAAAACAAUCUUUUACAUCAACCAUGACUUCAAGUUGGAGAGAGAGGUCUGGAAGCGGCUGCACGAUGAAGGCAUAAUCAGGCUGUACCAGCGUCCUACUACUCCCAAACCAAAGAUCUGACUGGAACCAGGGCUAUAGCAGUCUCUUCAGCUGUCCCAAGGCACGGACGGGGCUCCAAGCCACCGCCACCCCCUCGCGACUUCUGAGAGGAAACGUCUGUACAGAGGAGGAGAUGCCCUCAAGACUGAGGCUUUGGAGGCCUUGGGAAGUUGCCACAGGUUCUAUUCCAUGGAGGGCAGAGGGGAGGAAGCUCCUUUCUUAAGACCAACGAAGUCAAGUGGGAUGACGAGUGGCCAAACCACAAAUCUCGGUUGAAAAUCACCCUUUACUGUCCAAAAGCUACUUGGCACAGAAGAAAGAGCCUGAGUUUACAGAAACGUAGAUUUGGGUUUGAAUUCCGAAUCUACUUAGCCACUGUGACAUCUGGAAGCUGUCACUUAAUUCCACUCUAGAUUAUCUAGAGGACCGACCCUUCCAGGGGUUAUCUGAUUCUAGAAGAGUCUACACCUUUCCUUGUUUUUGAGUUUUUUGACAACUCUCUGGGUAGUAGAAAACGGACAGUGAUAAAAAUGAUUCUUGUCCAUGGCCAUGCAAACAAAUUUUGUAUAAUAAAAAUGCAAGUAAUUAUUCCCCUGUAGAUAGUGACCCAUUCGUACCUAUUAUCAAACUCACUUUAGUAUUCCCGAUUGUCUCUACCCUGUGUGUCUGUACUGUGGGUUCUCCUUGGAACCAGUUUUCACAUCUUAUUAGUUCCUUCAUU